AUGGAUCUGUACAAUGAUCGCCACACCCUGAUAGAUAAUCUAGAAUUACAAGAAAUUGGUGUUGAUGUGAAUAAUGAUGAUAAGCUGCAGAGGUCAAAAAAGAAGCAUCACAACUUUUGCAGACAUAUUGGUUUGUUGUAUGGAUUCCUUUCCAGUAUAUUUUUUGCUGCUGGGUUUGUAGGAGUCAAAUUUUUUGAAAAUAACAUACACUCAUUUGAGGUUGCUCUGGCAAGAAUGCUAAUACAGUUGAUGGGGGUUGCACCACUUUUGGUCUGUAAAAACGUCACCUUUCCAAGAAAACCAUUGCAAAUUUAUUGGUUAGUCUGUCGAGGUGUAACUGGUUCAUUCAGCGUGAUAUGUGCCUACUUUGCUGUUCAACACAUAGGUGUUGGUGAUGCUCUUGCAAUCUUCUUCAGCAACCCUGUAUUCACAGUGUUCUUUGCAUGGAUGUUCCUUAGGGAGAAACUGAGUCCUAUUGAUUUACUAUUGGCAGUAUUCACAGUAUCGGGGGUGGUGCUUAUUGUCCAGCCUUCCUUUAUAUUUGGUGGUAACAACACCCAUGAAAAACAUUCACGCAUUAAAGGAGCAGCUGUCGCACUUGUAGGGGCCGUCUUUGCAGCUCUUGUUUACAUCUGCCUCAAGAAGCUCAAGACUGGCAUACACUUGUUAAUUCCUAUCUUCUAUUAUGCAUUAUGCGGAAUAAUUAUUUCAAGUGUAUCUUUAUCAAUUUUACAAGCCUUCAUUGUCCCACAAUGUAGAAAAGAUCGAAUUAUUUUAUUUCUAAUUGGUGCAUUUGCUGUUGUGGGUCAACUAUUUUUCACAAAGGCUGUCCAACUCGAAAAAGCUGCUUAUAUUGCAAUUAUAAGAUCAUUGGAUGUGGUGUUUUCAUUUAUCUUCGAGUAUUUUGCUUUUGGUAGAAUUCCUAAUUUGAAGGUAGUAGCAGGAACUAUGUUAAUCUUAAGUUCUGCUGUAUGUGUGGCUGUUAAAAAAAUGUUAGCAAAAUCAAACAAAUCCCAAUAA